AUGGCUCCUUACGGUUAUGCUGGUGAAGAAUUCCUUUCGGUUGAGCUUCCCAACUAUGAAAUGGAUCGACUGCUCUUGAUGACCAAGCUGGUCGUUGGCUUUGUGGCAUGGCUCGUGGUGAUUCCCGUCAUGUUGGCAUCACCACCAGCAGCAGCACCACCACAGAAUGCCGAGGAAAAGAAGCAAGGGACGGCAAAUAGAGCCACCACGACCACGAAGAAUGGGGCCACAACGAGAACGAAAACCAUCAAAAUUGUGGAAACCACGACGAAAAAGAAAAAGAAGGAAAUGAAUGGCAAAUCGAAAAAGGCAAACGUAGCACCAGAACAUUCAGUCAAGAAAGCAAACAAAGAAGAAUCAGAGGAACCAACAGUCAAACAAGUCAGUGAAUUGGCCAAUAUGCUUUGCAUCCUUGGAUUCAUGGUUACUUUCUUGUACAUGAUUAUCGUGACCUCUCCUGAUAAUAGGUAUACUACAAGAGGUGUCUUUGAGGCUCCUUUGUUCACCAGAGAAGAAUGUGACCAUCUAGUAGACAUGGCGGAAACAGUCGCCCAACGCAACUACGAAGCUGCUGCUGCUUCGGAGGCAAACGCUACUAUCAAGGAUCGAGAUCUGUUAGUGAUGGAACCUGUUGGAUGGCAAAAGAAGCGCCACGAGGUCCAUUCUACGACCGACCUGAAUGUCAUUACCGACCCCUUUUCCAAAUCAGAUCGUCAAUGGAUCAAGGAGAAGUUAAAUGCCCGGCUCGCACCCACCAUUGAACGAUUGUAUGGAGUGCCACAAGGAUCCAUUCGGGCCAAUGAUAUCUUUGUCAUUCGAUAUGAUGGGAAUCGACAAGCUUCCUUGAAUCCGCAUACGGACGAUGGAGAUGUUACCUUUAGUGCUCUGUUGAGUGAUGGCUUCACCGGAGGGGGUACCAAUUACUAUGAUCGGCGCAAUCAAUAUUAUCACACGGGCAAUACACCGUACCAACCGCAACCCGACGAAGUCUUUGCUCAUGUGUUGCCCCAAAUUGGUCAAAUGACACUCUUUCGUAGUCCCAUAUUGCAUGAGGGUGUCCAAGUGAAAAAGGGACGCCGGUAUUUACUGAUCGGCUUUUUGAGUGUAGACAAUGUGGAUCCAUGGAGUGAGGAUAACAAGUCCACUGGAUUGUCAUGGUUUGCCUCAUGGUUUUCACUCAAUUGGGCAUCGGUUCGAUUCAAGACGGGGUAUUCAGCGGCUAUUACUACACAUAACACGCUCAAGGCAAACCAAGAUGAUUGGAUGACUGCAGAUGAACAAAAGGGGGAUUGGAUGAGUGAAUCCACUUAUAUUCGUGGAUUGUUCAUUCAAUUCCACAGUCAUUUGACAAUGUUGGCAGAUUUCUGGAACGCACACUUUUUUCAACAAAUCAUUCCGGCCGAUCAAACCAAACCAUACUUGGAAAAGAUGGACGAAGCGUAUUCUGCACGCUCACACAAACGGCCAAGCCACCAAUUGCCGUCGUGGUUCAGUGGACAACAAGUCGAUUUGAACAUUGAUGGAUCCUUUCAUUCGGAAUGGUCGACGCGAAAGAAGAACAGUGAAAAGUUUGAUCGAGAAGAGAUAUAG